GACAAAAUGACAGCUUACAUGCGAAGUUGGAAAUAUUUUGCCAAGUGAAAUAAUCAGUGCCAAGAUGAAUAAGAUGCUGGAAGGUUUGGCUGCGUGGGUCUUUAAUACGUAUGUUGGUGAAUACCUGGAGAAUCUGAAUACAGACCAGCUUUCUAUUGGAUUACUGAGAGGGGCAGUGGAACUGGAGAACCUCCCCUUGAAAAGAGAUGCAUUGAAGAAGUUCGAUCUUCCACUUGAAGUUAAAGCAGGAUUCGUAGGCAAAAUUGGUCUGCACAUACCUCUAACAAAGCUACGGAGCGAGCCAUGGGUUAUAACUAUUGACAAAUUGUAUCUUGUUGCGGGACCACUUGAAAAUGAUGAGUAUGAUGAUAAGAAGGAGGAUGCUACAGAGCAGGCAGCUAAGCAGGCUCAGCUCUCUGCACUAGACAAACAGUGGAGGGAUGCACACAACGUGACCGUAGAGCAGGAUGAAGGAUAUGGCGCCUCCUGGUGGUCGGUCGGAACAUCACUCACCACGAACAUCAUGGAAAAUCUUCAGCUGCGCAUCAGCGACGUUCACAUCCGCUACGAGAACAGCGAUAUCUAUCCAGGACACACGUUAGCCUGUGGUAUCACCAUCAGUGCUCUAUCAGCACAGAGCACUGAUGAAAAUUGGGAACCAAAGUUUGUCACCCGGGAUGCUGCGAACAUGAUGUUGAAAUUGGUUGAGCUGCAGGACUUCUCCAUCUAUUGGGACACAAAUGCCAGUCUCAUAGGAGACCUCUCCAUGCCUGAGCUGACUACUCACAUGCAACGACCGAUCUCUACGGAUCACGCACAGCAGGGCGCAGCACAACACGAGUACAUCCUGCAGCCAGUGUCGGCACAGGCGAAGUUGCGGCGCAACUGCUCAGUUCUGCCGCUGCGUUCUCGGGUGACGCCGCGCAUCACCUGUGACUUGGUUAUGGACCGAAUGCAGCUGAACAUCGGGGAGCCACAGUACCGCAGCAUGAUCGCCUGGAUGAAAGAGUACGACAGGUUCGAGCGAUCGCGCCAGUAUCGACGAUGGCGCCCCGUCGUUAACGUGAAGGAUAGUGCUGCCACUUGGUGGAAGUUCUGUAUGACAUCGGUGCUUCACACGAUCACAAACAGGAAUAGACGGUGCACGAAAAACUUUAUGCUGCAGCGUGCCAGGACUAACGUGCAGUACGUGCAUACAUACGCUAAUCAGCUGUCGGGCAAACAGACAGACACUUCUGGCCAGAAACUCAUCGAGGAUGUGGAAGCAGAGCUGACUUUCCAGGAGUUGAAGAUUCUGCGGGAGCUUGCAAUGAGCAAGGCGGCGCCACCUGUAUCUGACCGGGUUCCUUCCAACCAGCCACAUAAAUCACCAGCAGGUGACAGCAGGGGAGUGCUCAAGCGCUGGUUCCCAGGUUGGGGAGGCUGGUACAGCGCUGCAGAGCCUGAAGAAUCUGCUCAGGCUACCGAAGAGACUUGCUGUGCUGCAGUGGAGAUGCCAAAUGACUCGUCACCACGUUCUGCCACAGGGUCACCACCUGUAAAACACCCAAAAUUAGAAAUAGAGGAGAGGUUCAUGGAUGUGAUUGCAGACACAGCAGAAAACAACACAUUGUUAAAGCGAGAUUCUGUGUUCGCCAGACUCAAUUUCCUGUUGAAGACGGGAACCUGCCAGCUGUCAGAUGGCAGCAACACUAUAUUUGAGUUGGAGUUCUCUGAAGUACAGAUGGAGUUUGAAUCACGACCACGUUAUAAUUCAUCAGAGAUUCAUAUUACUCUGGGUGCCCUUUAUCUGCGGGAUAUGUAUACGCCAAAUUCAAAUUUUGGAACUCUUAUUUCGCCAAACAAGUGGAAUCUGACACAGCGAGAAGUGUCAAGGAAGUCUAGUCAGGACUUGAAGACGCCUGUUAAGGAAGUCAACCUACCGGCGCACACACUGAAGCUGCCGCAAGGGGAUGUAGCUAAUGACAUGGCUGCUUUGUUUGAGUUGACGUUUGAGAAGAAUCCAUUGAAUUCAACGGCUGACUAUCGGUUGGUCAUGAAGACGACAUCUUUGGACACCAUCUAUAAUCCGGGUGCGAUCAAGCGAAUCCGUCAGUUCUUCAGGACGCGGUCAUCAACGCGACAGUCAGCCCUGAAGCUCACUGAGGCCGCCAGGGUGCGCUACGAGCAGCUGAAGAUGCAGACAAAAGCAGAACUGCAGCACACGUGGGAACAGCUGUUGGAGGGAGAGCAGUUGGUACGAACCAAGCGAUGGGAUGCCCACCUGAAUAUCUCGGCACCCCAGAUCAUAGUCCCUGAAAGCUUCCAGGAUCCAAACACAACUGUGGUGACAUUACUUCUGACAACUUCGCCAAUCCUGGUUAGUAAGCUGGCGCAACAGUACGUGUUGGAAAUGAGUGAACUUCAGGUGCUGGUGGGUAGAGCCAAGGAUAACUGGAAGCAUGCACAAAAGCGUGGCACAGGAACCACCCAUGUCCUUGACCGAUUCAGCAUCAGCUUGCAGGUUGAGAGACGAAUACUGUACACCUUGGAGCCACAGUGGCCUGCUGUCACACUGACUGGUUCUCUUCCCAAGUUGGUUGUUCAUGUCAAUGAACAGAAGAUUGAAGCGUUGCGAAAAUGCAUUCAAUUAUUUGGUCAUGUGGACUCCACCAACAGUGUCCCCAUGCCCACCUCUCUCGGGGAUCAGCAGUCCCCUCUGGUGGCUGGAACCAGCAGGAGCUUGGGUGUGCAGCGUGAAGUCUCGGAGUUGAUGAAAGAUCACUUUCUGUACCAGAGCACCAUAAGUUUACAAAAGGCUCCAGAGCACAGUGAUGGAGAAGAGAAGCAACUACCUGAGGAAACUAGACUGCUGCUGGCUAACUUUUCUGUGAUGGACCUGAGCCUUGACAUACAAAGCAGGUCCCGUAGCAUCGCCGAACUACAGGUUUCUGGUGUGAAGGCAAACUAUAUGAGGCGCCCAUACGACAGUUCAGUAGCACUCACUGUGCAUGGACUACUGCUGAUUGAUGCAAUACAGACAUCCGGUCAUGAUUUUGAACUGCUCGUCGCUUCACAUAAGUUUAUAAGUGUUGACAGCCAGAGUGGUAGCAUCUGUGACAGCGUGCCUACAUCACCCAGUGAGAUAGCUACCUCCAGAGGGAGUGCCAGUAGUGGGCCUGCAAAUGUCCCCAAGUCUGAUUCAAUGUCAGCAGGUGUGUCGCGUGCGGCGUCGCAGUCACCGACAUUUCCAGCGUCGUACACGCCACGGCUUCCCCUGCUGGAGUUCGUGCCCGACUCAGACGCACUCAUCUACCUGGAGUUUGAACAGGUCAGCCCGCGAAGUCCAUCAAAUGCGCACCCCAACGAACAGCUCCAGGUUGCGACCUUGACCUUCAACAAUCUCAAUGUCACAGCGAAUCAGGAAACUAUCGUUGAACUGCUGGGCUUCAUACAGCAAGUCUUUCCCAGAGAGGAAAUAAGCAAGAAGCUGAGUGAUCCGGCACCAACCUCAGAGCCUGACAGGUCGUUCCUAGUGGCAUCAGGGCAGCAGCAGCAUAAUCAGAUUGAAUACUUGACCAGAACCGAGGUCACAGCAAAUUUCCAUCUUCUGAGUAUCCUGCUGCCAAGGGCCGUAACGCAGGACAAUGCCACAGUCGGGCGCAAGGUUGCUAUAGCAACGUUAUCUGGAGCUCGCAUCCAGGCAACAAUUAGCUCAUCCGAACUUCAAGUGCAAGGUUCCCUUGGUGGAGUGCAACUCAUGGAUUUAACACCAGAGGGCAGUAUGCACAAGGAAGUGUUCACAGUUGGGCACGACCCAAACGUGCAGCGGGCAUGUGAGGUCCCACGGCCAGCGCACGGCAGGGAGCUGUUCCAUUCGACUUUCCUUGAUGUCGGGAAUUCAGCACUGCAGGACGAGGGUUUCUUACACAGCUACAUGCCUGCGAACAUGUACAGGACUGCGCACGAGUCACUGCUCAGCACGCUGGAACUCAAUGACCCGACGAAGGCGUUCACGUUUAAGAUAGUGCAGCCGCGUGCCGACAGCACUGAUAAUGCUACUGUUCUCAGCUCCACUGUCGACGAAUCGCGCGCCGCGACGCAAUCCGGAGACGUAGUCGAACUGACGCUGCGUGUCGCGUCGAUGAAGUACACGCACUCGCCGCGUUUGCUCCAGGAACUCUCGAGCUGUGUUGGUGAGUUCCGCCAUUACAUGGAUAACGUGGCGACGACGAUCCGCCACACGGCAACCGACAUAGCGAUCGGCAUCGUGCACAAGAAACCUGAGCUGCUCACGCAGUCGCUGUACCUCGACACACCCAGUAGGCGGCGCCACCUCUCCGAGGAGCCGGACAUCUUCGGAAACACGUUCGCCAGCGAGAGUUGCGACGAGACUGACUUCGACGUGCGGCUGGACGUCGUUUUGCAGACGCCCGUCAUCGUGUUACCACGGCAACAGUCGAGCGCCGAGGCCCUUGUCAUGCACCUGGGCAAGAUCAUGAUCACGAAUGUAGCGCAAGACAACGCGGAGAUGGUGGACAUUCAGUCAAUCAGGCCAGACCGCAUCUACGUGGAAGUGCGGGACAUGAACCUUUACUCAAAGACUGUGUCAGCCGACGUCGUUAUGGCUAAGCAGGAGGACACGAAAGGUAUGCCCAUACUUCAUGACACUACUGUAGAACUGACUAUAGAUCGAAUCCCUAAGAAGGAUGUAAACAGAGCUUCACACAGCUUUCCCGGUGGUUUCCAUGCUGACGAAUCUUCACAUACUACUGCCGUGAACUGUGACGAUCAGCACGUUGUUGAGGUCACCAGCAAGGUCGUAUCGCCACUGAUGGUCGUGUUGUCCAAGCAGCAAUACGAACAGGUGCUCGAAACACUGGACAACAUGACGUACAAUCCCGCAAAUGUUGCGCCACCUGGUGACAAUGUUGAUCUGUCGGACAUUGAAGAGGAUGCAGUGCUUGAACCGAGCACAUCGGCACUGAAGCUAGACCGCGAGAAGCGCAAACGAUCGUCGAUAGACCCAGCCAGCUCUAAUGGGCUGGACACUGCCCAGUUCUCUCCAGUCUACGCUCAACUGCAGGUGCCAGACUUCAGUGUGGAGCUCUGGGGCAAUGUCGGUGAUGGGGAGCAGGCCCUCGUCACGAUCUCCUUCCAGGACUUUGAAGUGAACAUGCAGAGCAGCGAGCAGAGCGUCACCAUGCUACAGGUCACGCUGCGGGCACUGCUGAUGGAGGACAUGCUACAGCCAAAGGAUUCGGACCACAAGUACAUCAUGGUGUCGAACGUCGAUGAGGAAUUGCCAGAUCCUGAACCAGCCGUUCAGCCCAGCUUUGUUUCCAUCUCCUGUCCAACAUCUACUCAAUGGCCAACGCUACCAGAUAUGCCUAACUCACUGCCUUCCGUAUUGCUGGAGCCAACUAACUACUUCAGCCAUGCGCAUAGAAAGCAAGUUCAAAGACGAAGCAUCUCACAAUGUAAAGACCCUCAUCCAUACACACCCCCACCCUCGCCCACGCAAUCCAAUCCGGUCCUGUCUGGGGCGAGGUUGAAAAAGGAGGAAGAGGAAGAGGCAGACGCACUGGUGCAAAUCAGUGUCAUGUUAGUCGAUAAGACCCACCCUAGCUUUGCGAAAAAGUACAACUCUACAAACCGAUUCUUCGAUAUCAACUUCAAUUCCCUGGACACUACCAUCAAUCUACAAACUUGGGUCAUGUUGCUAGACUUUUUAGGGAUGGGUGCCAAGGUGGCUACAGCAGGAUCUCCAGUAGACACCGGAAUAAAGCGGAGCCCAUCUAAAAUGAGCAGCUGUGGUGAUGUGAAAUGUCAGACAGUCAUUAACUCUGAGGUUGAGUUGGUUGUGAAGAGCUUUACAGUUGUGUUGAACAAGGUUGACUACGAGCUUGCACGUCUCAACAUGUCCUCGCUGGCAGCUCACAUCUCGCUGCGUGAUGGCAAUAGCACCAUGCUCGGAAAGCUCGGCAGUAUCUCCGUCACGGACCUCACGCCACACGGCGACCUCUACAGGGAGCGAUUCAAAACCGUCGGAGACAACGCUCUGCACUUUGAUGUGUUCAAGUACGGUGAACCUGACCCUGGGUUGCUACGGGAACACGACAUGCGUGUGAAGCUGCGCAUGUCGUCUGUCCGCAUCCUGCACACGCAGCGCUUCCAGCAGGAAACCCUGGCAUUCUGUCAACACUUUACACAGCUACAGGAUGUGCUCGGCAGAAUGAGGGCGGCAUCUGCUGGCCAGACUGUGAGUGACCAGCCGACAACUAGCGUGCGCAUACUGUUGGACAUCCAGGCGGGGUCACCAGUCAUCCUCAUUCCCCACAGUGCACGAUCUACAGACAUUCUCGUAGCUGACCUGGGUACCUUGACUGUUAGCAACACAUUCCUUAAAGUGGGAGCACCAGGAACCAUAGCAGGCUUGAAGGUCUCGGCUGAUGCUCCAUCUGGUUCUGGAGCCUGUCAGACUGCACAGGAUGAUCCCUUUGCGAGCUCGACCGAGUCACAGCAGUCUUGCGACAUUGACGUGGUUGCCAGUGCACUCGGCUACUCCUUCUGCUCUGAAGCCAACAGUGCCAGUACCCCGAGUCUAGCCAGCUAUACCGGGGCUGAUGCUAGGGCAGACACUGGGGCAGACACUGGGGCAGAUGCUGGGUCGUUCAGCUCAACAGAUGCCGCUUCCAGGUAUAAUGUGAUGCUAGCCGGAAGCGGGACAGUUGUAGACAUAGCUGACUCCAUGACACAGAGCAUCUAUGGCAGCCUGGACGUAGACGAAAGGCAAGCAGAGCCGCUGACGCUUGAUGCAAACCUUGCAACCUUUGACCUCAUCGACUUCAGCGAGGCGUUUCCCAGAGCGACGCCACCGACGAGUGGCUUCUCAGAUUCUUCCUACUGGAUGCUGCCGCAGCAACCUCCCCGGCUGAGUGGAUCAUCACAGCUUCUCAGCUCUCUGUCCUUUCCGGCCAGAAAACCCCCAGAAAAUGAAGCAAGAAAACAGGGUGGAGUAAAUGCAGCAACUAGAGCAAAGUCUGGAAAGUCGCACGAUACUCACGGGCUUCAUUGCUCGGUACAAGAACACGUCUGUCUGCUGGAUGUGCUGCAGGUAGAGCUUACUGACAUGGACCUGUACUCUGCCGUUCGCAUGAGCAGACACGAGGCGGGCAAGCGCCAAGCAGGCGACCUAAGCUUUAGCACGCACGUGGUGCGCAGAAAGGGUGGACCCCUAUUGGAGAGGACGUGUGCACUGAGACUACAGGUAGAGAGGAACCUGGAUGCUGAUAUUAGCCAUGCAGCUCCAGGGAUGAAGGUAGUUGGGCAGCUAUCGUCUGUCUGCUGUACGAUUGACCUGGCUCAGUACAAGCUGCUACGUGGUGUCCUGGACCACAACCUAGGAGAACCACUUGAGGAUUUUGAACACCAGCUGAACACCCUGAAGAUCCAAGAACCACAGAUACAGACGGUGCUGAGUGGAGAGGUGUGGACGAAGACGUCGUUACACAUGGAGCUUGUGAACGUAACCGUGGCGUUAGUGAUGCAGCACACUGAACCGUCGGAGCUUCCUAGGGCUGCGCUCGCCCAGCUGGACUUCAUCAAGUCGAAGCUGUCUUAUGAGAGCUACUCGGACAACUCAAAGGACAUUGAUCUCGUGUCCACAGAGAUUCUCGUGUCGGACACACGCUACAGAGAUGCACCUGCGAACAAGCGUCCGAAUGUGUUUACAAACGUGCUGCAGCCGACACGCAUUGCCGCGGCAACGGGGGCCGGCGUGCAGACGCUUCAGGUGGAGGUUCACUAUCGCGAUACACUCGACUUUACACGCCUCACCGUACUGCUCAACAACAUGCGUCUUAUGGGCAUCUUCGACUGGUUGCUGGCCAUACAGGAGUUCAUAAGCACGAGCGCAGACAACCCCUAUGCUAGUGCUGACCAAAGCCAGAUCAUAGCUAUUCCAAACAAAUACGUGCCUUGUGAUCCACACGCACACACACAGAUACCGAUGUCUGUCAGUGUAUCCUCCUGCCUGCAGGUGGUGGAUGACCGGCUGCGCAGCUGGGUGAACGCACGUACGUCGGUGCCGUACGCGUUUGACGAGCCGACGUUGCCCCCCUUCAUCACAUGCAGCGUGUCGGGCGGCACUAGCGCGUCCUAUAGCUUGAGCUCGGUCGGCGAGGCAUCGAAGGACCUGUGCUACGAGAACUUUCUCUACAUCGCAGUCACGUCGACAUUCCAAGAAGAUCCGGGUGCGUGCUGCACAGACACCGACCGUGUCUUCGUGAAUAAGUGUCGGGUGAAUCGCAAGCAGAUUCCGGGUGAUUUCCUACAAAUUUUGCGCGAGUGCCAGCAAAUGCUGGGCUAUUAUCAGCAGAUUCUGGGAAGUUGCUAG